ACCACAUGUUGUACUGCACCACAGCAUCAUACAGGCUAUCAUCCCUUCAGCAGUCAUGAAGGUUGCGUCUUUCAACAUCCAGAAAUUUGGGAAGCGUAAACUAUCAAACCCAAACACCCUUGCUACCCUUGUGAAGAUUGUGUCUCGCUAUGACAUCAUAGUGAUUCUGGAGGUGGUGGAUGAGAGAGGUACUUCAGUGAAAAAGUUCCUGGAGGAAUUAAAUAAGGCCAAUAAGAAGCAACAAUACACUCUGCAAAUCAGCACUCGUCUGGGAAGAGACAAAUACAAGGAGCAGUUUAUGUUUCUGUACAGGGCUGAUUUGGUGGACUUGGUUGGCUCCUGGCAAUAUGAGGACAACCAGGCUGGAGAUGUGGACGCCUUCGCCAGGGAGCCUUACAUUCUCCGCUUCAAAUGUCUCAACACUGUGCUAGAGGACUUGGUACUGAUUCCAGUGCACACCAAGCCUGAUGACUCAGUGAAGGAGCUGGAUGAGCUUUAUGAUGUCUUCCUGGAAGUGACAAAGAAAUGGAAGACUGAUAACGUUAUGAUCCUAGGUGACUUCAAUGCAGACGGUUCCUACCUUUCUAAAAAGGGCAUGAAAGCUAUCCGUAUCCGCAGUGACAAAAAUUUCCACUGGCUGAUUAAAGAUGACGUGGAUACCACAGCAAACACAGGCAACGAUAACACUUAUGACAGGAUUGUGAUCUACGGGGAUGACAUGGUUGACGCCAUCGUGCCAAACUCUGCCAAACCAUUCAACUUCCAGAUUGCAUAUGAGCUUUCUGAAGAAGAUGCCCUGAAGCUGAGCGACCAUUACCCUGUGGAGGUAGAGCUGAAACCAAAAACACCAACAGAACAGAGCUCUGCGACUGGGAAAUAGAACCCUGUAACAUGGACAGGAGGACAGAGGAAGUGAGUGAAGAGGUGAUGGAGCUGGAGAAGAAGCCUUAUCCAACCAGAGAAGCUGAAUUUAGAGAUACUGGUGCUGAAGAUUCGGAUGGUUAAGCUUAGGAAAAGUUACAUUGAUCUGUGAUUAAAUCUUACCAAAAUACUAGUCAUAUUAGUACUGUAUAUCAUAUUUGUAUGUCUAGUGUAGCUACUGAUCUAAUACUGAUGUAUAUCUUGACAGAAUCUCAAAUAAAGAUGAUGGAGGGAAAAUCCUGCAGUAGUUACAAUACUUUAUUAUUUACAAGACCACACUGGAAUUUAUAUUUCAAAAAGGUCCUUUCGUGUUUUUCCUCUUUUUACAAUUGAUCGAAAUGAAAUAAAAAAACUGAGGGAGAGAGACGGAGGAGGGCUGGAUUUCACAGAGGGCUGUGAUUCAGCAACAUAUGAGUGCAUGGUCUUCAAAUGCCAAAUCCCUUCUUUCCAGACUUCUUGAUCGUUCCACCAGCUGAAAAAAAGGGGAAAAUCUAGACAUUGAUAAACCAUGCUAAAUACAGUACCAGUCAAAAGUUUGGACACACCUACUCAUUCCAGGGUUUUUCUUUAUUU